CCCAACUCCUCUAGGGUUCAUUCCUCUGCGCCGUCACGUCUUUCCCUUCCCAGUUCCCACCACCACCCCUCCCCGGCGACCGGCGGCGACGAUAAUGGUGAAGGGACGCCAAGGCCAGCGCGUCAGGCUCUACGUGCGAGGAACCAUCCUGGGCUACAAGAGGUCCAAGUCGAACCAGUACGAGAGCACGUCGCUGCUGCAGAUCGAGGGGCUGAGCACCAAGGAGGACGUGUCGUGGUACGCCGGGAAGCGCAUCGCCUACGUCUACAAGGCCAAGACCAGGAGCAGCGGCACCACCGUCCGGUGCAUCUGGGGCAAGGUCACGCGCCCGCACGGCAACUCCGGCGUCGUGCGCGCGCAGUUCCGGUCCAACCUCCCGGCCACCUCCAUGGGCAAGAAGGUCCGCGUCUUCAUGUACCCCAGCAGCAUCUAAGGCAUCUAAGGGACUCUGUUUAGUUGUAGCUGGCUUCAAGGAGGUUUCAUAUCAGUUUGUCACCCGGUUAACCAAGCAGAAAAGUUUUCUUGCGAUUUUGAAGAGUUUAGCUUUUCCUUUUUACUGGACAGGCGGUUGGUUAAUUGCAUCUUCUGUAACUUGUCAAUCGCUCAUUUUCUUUGAAACGAAGUAUCAUGCAUUGUUCAUGUUUCGAUGGAAGAUUUAUCCUGUCAUCAAAUGAGGUUAUCUCAACCUUGCUUCUGAGUUUGCAACUGUUACGUAGAGAUGCUUUUACCAUCAAUGUGCCAUCAUAUUGUGUCA